AUGACGUUAAAGCACUUCCUGGUUGAAAUAGAAUCACACGUGUAGGGCUACUGCUCUGUUUUUAACUUUGUUUUGAUGCAGCCACACAUUGUUAGACGACAUUAGCGAGAUGUUCAGUUAAUACAUAUCCUUAUGCAUCUAAAACAGACCUUUAAUUGGAUGCAACUAACACAUUUAGAGCAUAUUUUGGUUGGAGGCAUCACGCGGGAUGUAAUGUUGUUACUAUUUCUUGCCAACUAAGACCUUCUUUAGCUAAGCUACACAAUGGCCGGGGUGCCUAAUUCUCUAACUCGGACUCAAUCUGAUUCCAUUGCUGAAGUUGUAUCAGCGGAGUCAUACCACGCUGUCCUGGACACAUCCCCUCCAGACUAUGUGGAGAAAAUAUCGCGGUAUCUUGAGGCUUCAGUGGGACAGAGCAAACAGGAUAAAGUAUCUAAUGGACCGGCAGAAGCAGAAAGUGACUCAGGAGACAGUCUGUUCUUAACUCAGAAGUCAGUACCUGAGGCUGUGAGAUCAAGAAGACGAUGCCACUACAGCUUGAGGUCAACCCCCAUAUCUCCCAGGGAUCUAGAAGAAGAACUGUCUAGAAGUGAAGACAGUCUAUCGUCCUCUUCCCACGAAGAAUCCAAAACUGACAAAGAGAGGAGAAGGAAGAAAUACACAGUGCCAAAAUACCAUUUCCCUUUCCUCGCAAAGCGCAAGUGUAAGCUCAGAAGCACUCUGUUAGCUGUCCAGAACACAAGCCUUCAUCAUUAUGUGAUGGGAGGCUUCUUUAACUGUGUCAGAGAGCUGUGGCAGGGCUAUCAAAGAGAGCAUCUGGAAUCAUCUUUACCAGCAGUUGACAUGGAUGGGCAGGACCUAUCUCCAUUGUCAGAAGAAGACGAAGAGAGGUCCGAAGAUGAAGACAUGAAAGUGGUGGAGAGGAAACAUUUUGUGGCACCAUCAAAAGCAAAGCGCCAACAAACCUGGUGCAAGCAGUUAAAACAACAGAGGAGGAGGGACGCUAGUAAUGCCAGACAAGAAACAUCACGACGAAGACAAACAAAGGUCAUACCAAUGUCUUCAGAUACAGAGACCCCUGAUCAUGGAGAGUCCUCUUGCAGAGUUCGGGGCCAGAGGGAGAGGAAUGAUGAACACGCAACAAGUGACGGAAACUUUACUGCACAAAAUAAAACCCCAAAGACAAAGAGACGCCUCCCCCGAGAAAACAAAGCAAGCGAGGAAGAGCUGUGCAGCGACAGUGAUGCUGCCGUUUGUGAGCCGCGAAAGCCGCAGAGAAGGCACCCCGCUCAAAAGGGCAGAGAAGCAUCCACCACUGUAACAGAGCCUCAGACUGAUGCUUCCCACGUAGAAGAUCUGUUCCAGGCAGGACAGGCCAGGGACGGACCCGGAAGCCCAAAUCUCCCCCACAGUCUCUCAGGUCUUAUAAGUGACACUAACAAUGACCGCAUAUGCAAUGAAACAAAGGUAAAAAAGAGGAAAAAGAAGAAAAAGGGACAUCAUGAAGGUGUAGACGAAGGAAAGAGCCAGAGUCGGGAAGAGCCAGAGGGUCUGCAUGCUGCAACGUCUGUGAACAAGGAGGUAGAAGAGACCCCCAGCCUGUCUGAGGAUAAUAGGGCAGAGUCUCCCGCAGCGCAGACUAGUGAGCCGCUGGAAUUGAAUGAAAACAAUGGGAUGGAGAACGAGUCCCGUGAUGAUAAAAUACAGAGACAGGAGGAGAGAGACGUGCCCGAUUCAAAACGCAAGAGGACGAAGAGAAAAGAGAAUAAGUCUUCAGCAGAUGUUAGGCAGGAAGUUGAUGGAAACUUAGAGGCUGAUGUGAGAGCGGAGGAUUCUGUGUUUUCAGUGAGCUGUAACAUGGAGGAUGGUGGCAAGGAGAAGAAGAAGAAGAAGAAAAAGAGGAGAAGUGGUGAGGAUGUUGAGCAUUUACAGUCUUGCGCAGUUGCCGAACCCCUAAAUAACGAUGCUGAGAAACGGAAGAAGAAAAAGAAAAAAAGGAAAAAAAGAGAGGGGCUUGUAAUUACAGAGCAAUGUGAGGAGGAGGAAGAGGCAUCGAAUAGGACUUUAGAUUCGCCGCCAAUGUCAGCACAACAGUUAGAGGAAACAGAGAAUUGUUUGGAAAAUGCCGCAGCUUCUCAAGAAACAUCAGAGUCCAAAAGGAAAAAGCACGAAAAGAAGCAACAGUCAUCCUCUAAUGAUGCCACUCAAGAUGGAGAAGAGGGUGUAGAUGUGAGCUUUUGUAUUGAUGAUUCUGUCACUUUAGCUAAAGGUUCAGGGACGUCUCUGAAAAAGAAGAAGAAAACUAUCUUUGAGGGGUUACAUAUCUCUUACGCUCCUGAAGAAAAUAAAAAAAACGGAAAUAAUACCCAGAAAACAAAGGAGGGUCUUGACGAUCAAAAUGCUGAAAUGGUGACUAAGGAGAAGAAGAAAAAGAAAAUUGGUAAAAUAUUGAGCAGGACCAUGUCAGAAGAGACAGUGGCACAAAGCGAUGAUUCUGUGUCUAUGCAGGAAAAGGAAAAGGACAAGAAGAGGACCUCGUCCUUCCUCGUUGCUGAUGCAGAGGAAAAUGAUGCGCUGGCACACGGGGAACGAAACCCUCGCGUCUGGGGAGCAGAAAACCCCGUCGUCAGCGCCGGUGCCUUGGAGCAACUUAAUGAUGGGGUCACAAAAAAGAAGAGGAAGAUGUCGGUGGAGCAGCACAGUGUGGAUUUCGAGGAUCCAAACAAAACAUGUCAGGGUUCUUUGCUUGAACUCACUGACACAGGGUUGAAAAGGAAAAAGAAACGGACGGGAAACGAAAGUAGGUCAGUAACCCCCACGGAAAGAUUGGAAAGUACAGCUGACGUGGGACUUUCUCCAACUGAAGGGGCUGUGGUGUCGAAAAAGAAGAAGAAGAAGAAGAAGUGUAAAGACGAGCCGUGCCACUUGAUACGAGAGGGUCCUCUAACUGCCACUGAAGAUGCUGAAUCAGUUAGAUAUACACUGAAUAGCUGUCGCCCAGUUUCUCACAAGAAAAAAGGCAAACAUGGUCGCAGUGCUGAAACACCUCAUGAUAGCAGUACUUGUGACCAAGCGACCAAUCUGGUUGAACGCGCUUCAGCAUCUCCAGAGACACUUGGAAAUCAGGCAUUGAAUGAUAUGGCCGACAAGAAAAAGAAGAAAAAAACGAAAUCCACUGAUAAUGUUUUGCUUGAGGGGAAAUCGUUAACCGAGUCUGCUGAGUUAGAGCCCAGACAGAACAAAAAGAAGGAGAGAAAUAAGCAAUCAACUGUCCCCAGUGUCAUACCCAGCAGCCCCAUCAUAUCUGAGACGUCGCUCUCAAAAUUGGAAAUGUCGUCUUCAGACAAUAUCAUGAAAAACAAGCAAAGAAAGGUCAAGCGGAGACUGCUUAAUCCAAGUGAGGACUUCCUUACAGACUGCUAGUAUGAAGUAUAACUAACUAAAAUGAUGCCCUCUAUCUUUUUUUUUAGAUGGAUCGAGUGAAAAAGGGACAAUUCAGUUGUUAAUGUAUUUUGUUUUGUAUCAAAGCAUUUUACUGACAAAGUUCUCAACCUUUUUGGUGUUGAGAUGGACUGAAAAAAGUAACCACACACCAUAAUGAUGACUUUUUCUUUCUUUUUUUAAUAAAGCUCCUGAAUAUGAACAUAACGGUAUUUGAAGGAUCAUGUCACAAGUUUAUAAAUUAAAACUACAUUAAACGAGUGUAAUC